GUCAUGCUGCUGGCUCAGAUAAACCGGGACACACAGGCCAGCGAAGAGUUCCAGCACGUGGAUGGAGAUGCCCAGCAGGUCACUCUGUGUCUCACUGAAGCCGUUACCGUCUCAGAUGGUGAUCAAAACAUUGACACUGUCAGUCUCCAGGCUGUAACCCUUGCCGAUGGUUCUACAGCAUAUAUACCACACAGUGCUCAAGAUGGCAGCUUAGUGGAGGGACAAGUUGUGCGACUGGAUGAUGGGUCAGCAGCCUAUGUUCACCAUGUUUCAGUGGCUAAAACAGAGAGUAUAAGACUGGAAGAUGGUCAAGCCGUACAGCUGGAGGAUGGCACGACCGCUUACAUCCAACACACUCCAAAAGAGACUUCUGAUCACAGUGCUCUACAGGCUGUGCAGCUUGAGGACGGCUCAACCGCUUAUAUUCAGCAUACUGUGCCAAUGGCCCAGGGCAACACUAUACUGACCAUUCAGACUGACAGCCCAAUGGCGGAUCUGCAUGCAGAGGGAAUCAUUGACCCAGAGACCAUUAGUGUAUUGGAACAGUACAGCAAAAAAGUAUUCUGUCCUUAAAUUGAGUGUGUCUCUAACUCAGGGAUCAUCACAAAUGAACAUGAGGGUGCUCUUCAGAUGCAGAUUGUGCUUCAGGGCCAGGGAGGUAGCCGCAGUACGGCUAAAGAACAGCAGACUGCAGAGAAAUCUUUUCGUUGUGGCUAUGAAGGCUGUGGAAAACUCUACACCACAGCACACCAUCUAAAGGUACAUGAAAGGGCUCAUACAGGGGACAGGCCAUAUUCGUGUGAUAAGCCUGGAUGUGGAAAGAAGUUUGCUACUGGAUAUGGUUUGAAAAGUCAUAUUAGAACACACACAGGUGAGAAACCUUACCGCUGCCAGGUACUGAGCUGUCUAAAGUCUUUCAAAACCUCAGGGGACCUCCAAAAACACGUCAGAACCCACACAGGAGAGAGGCCAUUCCUGUGUCCCUUCCAGGGAUGUGGACGAUCCUUCACUACCUCCAAUAUUCUCAAAGUCCACGUCCGCACCCACACGGGAGAACGGCCUUACCACUGUCCAGAGCCGGGCUGUGACCGGGCAUUCUCCAGUGCCACCAAUUACAAAAAUCAUAUAAGGAUUCACACAGGAGAGAAGCCGUACGUAUGCACUGCCCCCGGUUGUGACAAGCGCUUCACGGAAUACUCCAGUCUGUACAAGCACCAUGUGGUUCACACACCCUGUAAGCCGUACAACUGUAAUCACUGUGGGAAGACCUACAAGCAGAUCUCCACCCUGGCUAUGCACAAGCGCACAGCUCACAAUGACUCCGAGCCUAUUGAGGAGGAGCAGGAGGGCUAUUUUGAGCCUCCAACAGGUCAGAACUGGUUACAAGGAAAAGGACAAUAAGAAUCCUAUUUUACUGUUGUGGAGAAGGAUGAGACAGAACCAGAGCAGAGGAAUUCUGGGACCACUGAAGUCUUGGGGCAGCAGCAUUUGACAGUCAUCACACAAGAGGGGGCUCAGCAGGUCUGCAUUUACAAAUCCUCGUCACAGGUUUUAGGAAAUACUAUCACCAUGGUAACUCAAGAUGGCACUACAAUCACUGUCCCAGCAAGUGAAGCCAUGCUGUCCUCAGGGGAAGCUCACUCAGUUACUAUGGUGGCUGCAGAUGGCACAGAAAGCCAGAUGGCCAUUCUACAACCAGACUUGGCGUCAUUCCAGACUGCACAGGAGGCCCUGGCCCCUCAUCCAGUUACCUUACUGGCCACUUCCAACGGCACACAGAUCGCUGUACAGCUCAAUGAACAAACAUCAAUAGAAGAAGCAAUAAGAAUAGCAUCAAGAAUACAACAAGGAGACACACCUGAAAUGGAGGCAUGACAACUGACACACAAAAGAACUGGAGAGAAAUAGUAUUGCAAAGA